GGGCGGAGCCCGCGGAGGCCCUGCCCCGUUCCCCCCAGUUCCCCGCCGCCCCUGCUCUCCCGCUGCUCCGCACCCGAGUCCGCCGGGGGUGGGUCCCGAUCGCCGCGGCGACAUGUUGGGCAUGAUCAGGAACUCGCUGUUUGGGAGCGUGGAGACGUGGCCGUGGCAGGUCCUGAGCACCGGGGGCAAGGAAGACCUCUCCUAUGAAGAGAGAGCCUGUGAUGGAGGGAAGUUUGCCACAGUGGAAGUGACAAAUAAGCCCGUGGAUGAGGCCCUCCGGGAAGCAAUGCCCAAGGUCAUGAAGUAUGUGGGGGGCACCAAUGACAAGGGAAUUGGGAUGGGGAUGACAGUCCCUAUUUCCUUCGCCGUGUUCCCCAAUGAAGACGGCUCCCUUCAGAAGAAAUUAAAAGUCUGGUUCCGGAUUCCGAACCAAUUCCAGAGCGACCCACCAGUUCCCAGUGACGACAGCAUCAAGAUUGAGGAGAGGGAGAGCAUCACUGUCUACUCCACGCAGUUUGGUGGCUAUGCCAAGGAAGCAGACUACGUAGCUCAGGCCAGGCAGCUGCGUGCCGCCCUGGAGGGAACGGCCACCUACCGGGGCGACCUCUACUUCUGCACAGGCUAUGACCCUCCCAUGAAGCCGUAUGGACGCCGCAAUGAAGUCUGGCUGGUGAAGACAUGAGUGACUCGUGGAGCCAAGAGCUCCCGGAAGUGGGCCUCAGUGGCCCCUGGCACAGGGUUGCCAGGGGCCAGAGCUUCUCAGGUUGCAGCUUCCCUUCCAAGCCCGUCACCACUGAGUUCUCUGAAAUAAGCAUGUUGCAUACACUGAGGGUCUUUUUUGGUGGUGGGAAAUAAUACAGCCAAGCUAGGCAGCAUCAUUCUCAUAGAAAAUUCUGUGACAGAUGAGAAAAAAACCCAGCAGUAUUUUUCUCAGCCACUUGGGUCGCUGAAAACUGUUUUUUUAAAUGAUCGAAUUUGUACUUUUGUGAGUCAUUAUAUGAUUUGUGCAGCCUUUCAUCUGUGAUUCUUACAAAAGCUCUAUCUAAAGGAAACCAAAAAUAAAAAUCUUUGACUUAAGCAGCUGAGACAAAA